AUGUCCAGCCCACACAUUGACAUCCCGGACCCGUCCUUCCUCACCUCACCACCCCCUUUCCCCCUCAGCAUCACACCCAUCGACUGGGCCUCAACACAAAUACCCGAGUAUACCGACCGCGCCGCAUUCACCAUCGCGAACGUCCUCACCCCGGCAGAAUGCGCCCAGCUCACCGCCCUCGCCGAGUCCAGCGCCGGGGUCGAGCAAGGCCCCUGGCCACCCGCCCUGGUCAGAGGCCCCGGCGGCGAGGUCCACCGACCCGGCUACCGGAACAGCGGGAGGAUCAUCUGGCGCAACCAGACGAUCGCGGACCGCAUCUGGGCGCGGUGCGCCUCGGCAGACGGGCUGCAGGAGCGGCUCGCUGUCGUGCCACAGGACUACGGAAGGGUGAGGCGCGGGGAGUGGCGGUUCCGGAGGGUGAACGACCGGAUGAGCUUCCUGCGCUACACCGCGGGCCAGUAUUUCCAGCCCCACACGGAUGGUCCGUACUGCUACGAGACGGACGAGUCGCGGUUCCAGACGUUCUACACCUUGCAGCUCUACCUCGGCGACUCGGCCGCAGGAGGAGGGGGAUUGGUCGGGGGGGAGACGAGUUUCCUGUCGCUGGACAGGAAGCGGAGGGUGGACGUCGAGCCGAGGGCCGGUAGCGUGUUAAUCUUCCAGCAUGAGAACCUCCUGCACGAGGGCGCGGAGGUGAAGGAGGGGGUUAAGUUUGCGAUGAGGACGGAUGUACUGUAUGAGUGGGUUGCGGAUGAGAAGCCAAAGAAUGCAAAGAGGACAAGGAAGUUCUGA